GCAGGAUUUACUUUAUUUAAUUACAGUGAUUGCUGCGACAAUUAAUUAACUAAUUAAUUAAUUACGUUUUCCGAUUUAAUUACAAAUCAUGCCACGGCCGUUCAACUCCUCGUUCCAGCUGCUGGAGAUCAACCUGAUCUCGGCGCAGGACCUGACGCCGGCGUCGAAGGCAAUGCGGACGUUCGCCGUCGCGUGGGUCAACCCGCAGAGGAAGCUGACGACACGUGUCGACCAGAACGGCCACACCAAUCCGACGUGGAACGAGAAGUUCGUCUUCCGAGUCGACGAAGACUUCCUCCGUGACGACACCUCGAAGAUCAUGAUUGAGAUCUACGCCUCCGCGUGGCUCCGCGACGUCCUGAUCGGAACCGCCGCGGUGGUGGUGAACAAUUUGCAGAACAAGUCGAAAAUGCGAUUCAUGGCGAUCCAGCUCCGCCGCCCCUCCGGCCGCCCGCAGGGGAUUCUGAACAUCGGGCUCGGCCUCCUGGAUAGCACAAUGCGGAGCAUGCCGCUCUACAGCGAGCUCAGCUCCUCCGCCGUCGGAUACUGGGAUCUGAUGGAGGGAAAAACCGGCAACCACCAAAAGAGCAACGGUUCCAAUUCGAAGGACCAAGACAAAUUCAUCAUCUUCCAACGAUCUCAGAGCGAUCGGACGGGUAGCGAUUACGGAUUCUCGAAAUCCAGGCCUGCAUCCUCCAUCUGCGACGGCGUCACAAAAAGCAGGCCGCCGAGCUCCAUCUGCAACGCCGCCGCAUACAAGCCCAAACAUCAAGCCUCCUUCUGCAAUAGCUCGAUUGUGAACGGAUCUGAGGUCAGCACCGUGCAAAAGAAGGGGAAUGUGAACGGGUCUCUCUGCUCCGACGUCGGACCCUCGCCGUCUGUGGUUGCGGCGGCGAUCGCCAAGGGAAUCUAUCCGUUGCCGUACACCGGGCCCCGCGCGCAGCCGGCCAAUGAUGCCGGGAGCUCGUUGCUUGACGAAUGGACGGACCAAGACAGCGUGGAAGGGUUAAAGACCAAGAUCGAACGUUGGCGGACGGAGCUGCCGCCGGUGUACGACUGCGCCAAGAACGCUGCCAAGAGCUCCCAAAAUCAGAAGCUACUCCAAUCGUCGCACCGCCGGCCCAGCAGUCAGAAGACGCGGCGGAGACGCGGCAGCGGCCGGGGAUUGUUCUCCUGCUUCGCAUUGGGUUGCGAGAUCUCGAUCUCUUGCGGAGGCAAGCCGAAGAAGAAGAAGAGCGGGAAGGUCCACCUCGACGACGACUCGUACUUACAGUAGACGAACAGCUCAAAACGCCGCCGUUUCCUUAAUUUUUCUUGGGCGGGGGCGGGGACGAGAUAAAAAACGACACUGAUUUUAUUGACGUUGAUGCUGCUGAUUGCAUGUUCGGCAAAGCUAAGCCGCGCGGAGGUAGAUUUUACGCAUGAGAAUUUGUUGAUAGCUUACGGGAUUGAAUGUCGUUUUUUACAUUUGAAAUUAAGAUUUGUAAUUAUUUUGGAGUUGAUGAAUUGGAUGAACGUUGGGUCGUU